AAUUGAAGCUUGCAUACUAACACACAUGGAUAUUCCAUUAAUACCAAUUAUUAUUGGAGGCAGUUCUUCAUCGUUUGAGAUUGCUAUGAGUUACCUACAAGAAACUCGACCUAUUUUGUUAUUAGAUGGGUCUGGAGGGGCGGCAGACUUUAUUUGGAAAGGAUACAAUCUGAUUAUGAAUGGAAAAAGGGAAGAAAAACAGGAAGAAGACGUGUUCCUUCAAGUGAAAGAAGCUGCAGAAAUCUUUAGUAAAUGCUGUUCCGAUUGUGACUUUGCUUACCAUGAUUUAUAUGACAGUUUAGAGAGUUAUUCAGAAUUACUAGCACGUCUAAUGGUUAAACAUUUGGAGAAUAAUCAGAAAUUGAUUCAUGUGUACUCAGUAAAUGAGGCUACAUAUACAUUGGAGAGGACUAUUGAAGAUAUAUUUUUCCAGUUAUUUGUCAAAGGUCAACAAGUUGGUAUGCGAGAAAGAGAUAUACUUCAUUUUGUAAAUAUAUGGAACAGACCUGACAUUGCAGAGACCGUUGUGUUUAAUGUAGAAAACAAUGAAAUAUUACAGACUUUAAGGGGUGACCUAGCCGACCCCGAUAGUAGUUUAGCACAAUUAUUCAGAAUAUCAUUGAUGCGCGACAGAGUAGAUUUUGUUAGGCUAAUCCUUGAACAUAUCCAGAUUGAUAGGCUGUAUAAAAAAUUUUUGAAUACAAAUCUGAAAACCUUAUAUGUGGAAACCGGUUGCAUUGCAGGAUUUUUGAUUCAUAAGUUAGACCCAGACAAGGACAAAAAAGAAAAAGACAAGGACAAAAACAACGAAAAAGAAGACAUGGGUAUUGUUAAAUUGAUAAAUAAAGCUGUGAUACAGAUUCUCGGAAGAAGAGAGAUGCAGCCUUUUACGCCAGAUGAUGAAGAAAAAGGGAUACAAGAGAAAGAUAUUUAUAAGCACCUGUUUAUCUGGUCAGUACUUAUGGAUCGGAGGGAAUUGGCAAUGUUGUUUUGGAAGAAAGAAGACAAAGACUUUAUAUGUUCUGCACUGUAUGCCAGUGCACUUGCUAAAAGACUUGCGGAAAAUCCCCUUGCAGAAGAACACACAGAUCACCUGGUAUCUUUAUGGGAAAGUCAUAGAUAUUAUGAAGACCUUGCUUACAGUGUGAUGACAAAAAUGUAUUGGAAGGACAAAUCACAGGCUUGGCAACUUUUAGUCGCAGGAGCAAAAAGAUAUAAUUCUAAUACAAUUUUUGAAAUAACUGAAAAGUUUGCACUGAUGAAGUUUAUGGGACAUGCUGCAUGUCAAACAAAGCUGAAUAAAAUUUGGAAGGGUCAUAUUUUAAGUGAAACAUCUACUCUCAAGGUAGUCACUGCUGCUUUUAUUCCAAUUUUGAUAAUGAAAAUAGUGAAAGAAGAAGAUGUUCCAUCGGCGGUAUUUGAUACGACAGCUCAGACAAAACCCAACUCUGAGACACCUCCGCAAGCUACUAAAACAUUGCCGAACUGGAUGAUGAAGAUUUAUCAUUUUUACCAAUCACCUUUGCUUAGAUUUUGUUUAAAUGUUUUGGCAUAUAUGGUAAUGCUAGUGAUGUUCAGCAUGUUCGUACUGACAGAUUUACAUCCAAUUCCAGUGAAGUCACCCUCUGUUAUGGAGUAUUUCGUGUAUGCAUGGGCAGCAUCCACAUUUGUAGAGGAAAUGAGACAGGCUUUUGGUAUCAAGCAAGUGUCAUUGAAUUUAACGACCUGGUUUUCAUUUUGGACACUUUUUCAAAUUAUGAUGUACAGUCUAUUUAUUACAUCUGUAGUUUUGCGACUGACCUUGUCAGCUGAGGACUUCUAUCAUGCUCGAAUGAUGUAUUCGAUUACCUUAGGAUUAUUUAUUAUCAACAGCAUGCAGUUUUUUCUUGUUUCAAAACGCAUUGGACCAAAAGUUAUCAUGAUUGGAAGAAUGAUGUUUGACAUAAUUUUCUUUAUCUUGAUAUUUGCUGUGUUUUUAUUCGGCUUCGGAGUCAUUUACCAAGCAACCAUGUUUCCAAAUUCCCAACCAGGUUUUAAACUUUUCAAGGAAAUCAUAUACAUGCCAUACUGGCAGUUAUAUGGAGAACUUUUCUUAGACAAUCUUGAAGGAAAAGAACCAUCUACUUGUACAAAUGACGAGACGUUAUAUCGUAAUGGUACCAUUGCUCGAUGUCCAGAAAUAAACCAGAUGAAUUCUGUAUUAUUAGCUGUUUAUAUGGUGGUCACACACAUUAUUCUUGUCAAUAUUCUCAUUGCGAUGUUUUCGCAUACAUUUACAAAAGUUCAAGACAACAACCAUCUGGUUUGGAAAUUUCACAGAUUUUCCCUCAUCAGGGAGUAUUAUGAUAAAUCGUCAUUGGUACCACCGUUUAUUAUCAUAAGUCACAUGAAAAGGGUUAUCAUGUGUAUCUUUUCUAAAUGUGCAGAUAGAAAAGCCAACAAGGUCAACAUGAGCGAUACAACAGAAAGUACACACCUGGCUAUUCUAGAAAGAGAAUCAGUGUAUAGACAUCUACAUGCACCUGGUAGUUUAAAAACAUAUCACGCAAAAGACACAGAAGAUGCAAAAAAUGGGUUUGAAACUCGUUAUGAAAAGAAAUACUGAUAAAGGCAUUGAAGAACAAUUUUAAAUUAUGGACACCUGUGGUAGAUUUCGACAGGAAACUCUGAAAACGUUACAAUAAUUGUUAGCAUCAACAUAUAAUAUUUUGACACCCGUAACGAACAUCUGAACCGAUGGGAAUAAAUUAACAACACCAAUGAAUAUGUCAUGUAAGCUAUAUGAUAUUUUAAAGUGAAAUAAUGAUAAACAAAUCGAAUCAUCUAGUAGUCAAGACAUUGAGAAAUAGAAUAGGUCUGUUUAUGUUAUCGCUGUUUUAUUAGUAUUAACAAAGUUGUAGCUUUUAGUUUGAAGAUGCUUGUUGAAUAGGAUUUUUUUUUAUAAACUAGUAGCCAGAUUAAAGUCUGAAACGGUCGUUUUGGUCUGAUCAAGUCUUGAUGUGUGACAAUAACAGAAGGUUGUUCACUUUUAUUUGAUACUUCAUAUGUGUUUUUUUUUUUCAUUUCUCUUGACGCUCUUAAACAUGUUAAAUGAAUUUUCGCUGACAACAUGCAAUCAUUUCUCAAUUUUACCAAAACCUAUUCUAUUUAAGCUCACAUCAUUGUUACGUUUGGUUGACCGUUCAACAACACCUACCUAUAUUUUGAUGACCAAUUGUUUUUUUUUGUUAAAUAAUCCGACGUUCUCUAAAUAUAUCAGCGAUAGGAAAUAACUCUAACUAAAUCUAACACAAACAACAGUAGUUGUCCUUUUCUAGAUAAAGACAUUUCAAUUUCGAAAGGUAAAAUCCUUACUAAAAUUUACACCAAAAAAAUCUAUUUUUCAUUACCUAUUAUUAAUUUAUCCGUUUUCGACGGCGAUGUUCCAUUGAAUCUAUCAUACGGUGUGUGUAUUUAUUUCAACUCGAGCAUUAUACCCAUGUUUGUAGUGAAAUCAUUUCAUAGAUACAUAGAUUUGAUUUCAUCGAACCUUUAAACAAACUUUUCUGGUAAAGGUUAUCUUAUUAUUGUUGUUUAUAUUAGCAAUAACAUCGUUUUUCAUCAAGAAAUUAAAACAUAACUAAGUUAUAUUUUCGAAAAAAAU